AGUGUAGCCGCCGUGAGUCACUCGAACGGAAGGUCGUUCUUACCUGUCGAGUACCCACACUAGUACCCAGCGAACCAGUCGAAUGGUACCGACAGAUGGUCGCUGAGCUGGGACGACGAGGUGCUUCGUGAAAAUCGAAAAUAUGGUGGGCUGACGGAACGGCGGACGGUUUUCAGCGAGUAUAAGGAAAAAUAUGUACUUGUCAUGCGAUUGAGAGUACCAUUCAAUCAGUUGUAAGAUGUCGGAAUACAUAGAAUUCAGCUGGAAAACGCCGCCGGUGAACAUAUCGGGCGUCAUCCUGCCGAAAUACAAGGACCACAAGGAGCAGCUGCGCGUCACGACGGCCCAGCUGCGCAACCUCAUCCACCAAUGCGACGACGACGAGCUCAAGCACGAGCUGCGCUCGCUGGACGACGCGAAACUCCAGAAGUUCCUCUACGCGCGCAAAUUCGACGUCGACGACAGCUUCCAGCUGACGAAGAACUAUAUAUCGUACAAGAAGCGCCAUCCGGAACUCUUCGACGAGAUGGACCUCCGCGCGCCCGAUAUCAGGAAGAGCCUGGAGAACAGCCUGCCGGGCGUGCUGCGGCAGAAGGACAGAAAGGGCCGGUGCGUGUUCGUCUUCACCGGCUCCAACUGGGACUGCAGCUACACCAUCGACAGCAUCUACAGGGCGUUCCUGUUCGUGCUCGAGCACCUCACCGACCACGUGCACAACCAGUCCAACGGGUUCGUGGUGAUCGUCGAUUGGACUGAAUUCACCUUCAGGCAGAGCACUUAUCUCAAACCGGGCGUGCUAAAACUAAUGAUCGAAGGUCUGCAGUACUGUAUACCGGCCAGGUUUAAGGGCAUACACUUCGUGAACCAGCCGUGGUACGUGGAGGCGGCGCUGGCGUGCAUCAAGCCGUUUUUGCACGAGAAGGUGAAGGAGAGGAUAUUCGUGCACGGGAACAACUUGAGCACGUUGCACGAGCACGUGCACAAGGACGUGCUGCCCGCCGAGCUGGGCGGCGAAGAGCCCAGUUACGAUCCCAGGUCGUUCUUGGAGACGUUGCGGGAGAACGUCGAUGGGAAGAAGGACGAGAAACGGACCGGUUAAUUCGCUUAGGUGAUUUUCGAUUGCUCCAAGACCAAAGAUUUUUUUGUAUUUAACACACUUACUGGGUUUCUUUACUAGUUUAAUUAGUGUUAAUUUUUGUAUCUUCGUUCCAUCCAUUAUGUUCUUCUUCUGACAAAAUUGCGCUUAUAGUGUGAUUCCACGUUUUUAUUUAUAGCUUUAUAUGUAGUUGUAUUUUGUGUUUAGGGCAUUUAAACAAUUGUCAUACGUAAUUAGUAAUAUAUUACUAAUCUUACGUACGUUAUUAGUAAUUGAGGUCAGUUUGUCUCUCUUGUUUGAUAUUUUAUCGACGUUAUUAAUAAUUAUUUAUAAUAUUUUAAUAAUAUAUACUGCUCAUUAAAUUAUAUACAGACUUCAUAGCUUUAUACCUAAGUCUUGGAUUUGUUUGAUUGGUAGAUAAAUUUAAAAUCCACAAAGUUUUAUAUGAUAAUUUUUAUAAAUGAAUGAAUAAAAGUAUUGAAAGCAUACUUAAAUACUCAACAUUUUGUGCACUCGUCCAUGUGUUGAUUCGAUUUUUU